AUGGAGGUCCGAUCUCUGACGGAGGAAAGCUAUCAUGCAAGAGAAGAACAUCUGGGGCGGCUGGCAAACUUAGCACAGCAAAGACGCGCUUCCAAACCCCAGGCUCGUCACUUUACGAGUAGGUCCACCACCAUGACCUCUGGAAGGCCGCGAGCAGAACUCACUCGAAGAGAAACUGACCGGGGCGUCGAAGUAAGAGGGAAACGAAGGAGGCCUUCAAUAGGAAGCUUGUUUGUCUACAAUGCUGCUCUCGAGGACAUUCUUCUAGCUGAGAGACAGAAUCUGGGGAUAGAGCAGUGGUCUCCCAAAGGGCCAUCUUCAGCAAGACAGGGCAUCCCGUUUUGUAUCUUCCACAAAGACGCCGGGCAUAGCACCCAAAACUGUCGGAUGCUGAAGAGAAUAUUUGAUGAUGCAAAUGAAGUCGGCCAUAUAAAGGGGCAGGAGACGUGUACAUCUCCAACCUCUGACAACGACGGCAGUCAUUCGGAUGAAGGAUUCAUAGCAGUAAUAUCAGGAGGGAUUGCGGCAGGAGCACCGACUAGUGAGGGGAGGCAAUUCAGUUCGUCUCCCCUCCACACCAAGCAAUUAGAUCUACCCCGUGUGGAAAUUUCGGAAGACGAUUACCGCAAAUCAGCAAUGCCGUAUGAUGAUGACCCCUUGGUCUUGGAGAUUAAAGUGGCCAACCUCAGGGUCAAAAGAGUAUUAGUAGACACGGGGAGCUCGUCUGACAUAAUCAGUUUACAAUGCCUACAGAAGUUGCAGCAUGACCCGGGAACGAUUGAAAGAGUAUCCAAGCCCCUUGUAGGUUUCGGAGGGAGUGUCGUCCGUCCAAUCGGUUUCAUUCUGCUUCCCGUCUCAAUUGGCACACCCCCAGUAACUAAAGAAGGCAUCGUCAGAUUCAUAAUUGUGGCGAGUCUCACCUCCUUUAACAUCAUACUAGGUCGUCCAGCCCUCAAUGAUCUUAAGGCAGUAAUUGUCCCUCAUUUACUGUUAAUUAAAUUUGUGGGAAGCAGUGGAGAUAUUGGAGCCAUCUAUGGAAACCAACAACUGGCCAGGAUUGCUACCUGUCUACAUUGGAACCGGCGGCCUGGGGAGCGUCCCCGAGAAGGAGUGAACAGAUGA